AUGCACUCUCCAUCGAUGAGCUCAUCAGAAAAUGGAAACCCGAGGUCCCGCCAUCGGUCAUCCUCAGCAGAUCCCUCGCAGAGCUCGGGCGAGACAGAAGCCAAGGGCGAUGAUACAACCAUUUUUGCCCAUCCUCAGUCACUUGGAAAAGAAGAUAGUCAUUCGAAGGUUGAAAGCGCAUCCGCUCCAGCUGCUAAGCAUGCUCACUCGUUGCGACGAAGGCCCACACAUAGCGUGGAAGACCGCCAGACAGCUGAAGACGAAGAGGAAGCGGCAAAAAUAGAGAAGAAACGUCGUGAAGCAAGAAUCGCCCAAAAGGAUAUUCGAUGCAAGGAGUUGGUCGCAGCUACAGAAGCUGCAGAUGGAAUGACAUCUGCCGAGCUGCGGCGAUGGACAGCAGCAGACGACGUGGCACUUGUAACUGCUGUGACGCAUGUGCAUGAUUUGCGCGCUGCGUAUGGUAGUAUCAAGUUUAGUCGACCAUAUUCUCUGGAGGACAUCGAAGAGAGGUAA